AGGCGUCCGGAGAACCCAGUAAUCCGAGAAUGCAGCAUCAGCCCUUCCCACCAGGCACUUCCUUCCUUUUCCCGAACGUCCAGGGAGGGAGGGCCGCGCACUUAUAAACUCGGGCCCCGGCCCGCUGGCAUGUCAGAGGCUGCCUUGCCGGGGUUGCGCGCCGCGUCCGGACGCGUCCGUGCUGGGACAGACAGGAGGGGUUGUCGCCGGCUGCGCCCUGCACCUCUCGGCCCCGGCCGGGCUCCGGCCUCGUCGCGGCGCCUGCGCUCUCCCCGGGGCCUGCACGCGGCGCGCCUGGACAGCAUGCUCCGGGUCCUGCUUCUCGGCGUGCUGGCCCCCGCUGGCCUGGGGCUCCCGGCGCCCACGGAACCGCAGCCCCACGGCAGCCAGUGCGUCGAGCACGACUGCUUCGCGCUCUUCCGGGGCCCCGUGCCCUUCCUCGCCGCCAGCCAGGCCUGCGAGCGCCUGCGGGGCCACCUGAUGACCGUGCGCUCCUCGGUGGCGGCUGAUGUCAUCUCUCUGCUACUGAGUGGCGACGGCGGCGACAGCCAGCGCUUCUGGAUCGGCCUGCAGCUCCCGCCCGGCUGCAGCGACCCGGGGCACUUCGGCCCCUUGCGCGGCUUCCAGUGGGUUACGGGCGAUAACCGCACCAGCUACAGCAGGUGGGCGCGGCUCCACCGCGACGGGGCACCUCUCUGCGGUCCGCUGUGCGUCACAGUCUCGGCGGCCGGGGCCGCUGCACCCGGCGAGCCGGCCUGGGAGGAGCAGCAGUGCUCCGCGGAGGCCGAUGGCUUCCUCUGCGAGUUUCACUUCGCAGCCUCCUGCAGGCCCCUGGCUGUGGAGUCCGCGGCGGCCGCCAGUGUCUCGAUCACCUACAGCACCCCGUUCGGGGCCCGCGGCGCGGACUUCCAGGCGCUGCCGGUGGGUAGCUCCGCCGCUGUAGGGCCCUUCGGAGUGGAGCUGGAGUGCGCGGCGCCGCCCGGAGAGGCCGAGGCGCGCUGGAGCCAGGAGGCGCCCGGCGCCUGGGACUGCAGCGUGGAACAGGGCGGCUGCCAGCACAAGUGCAACGGGAGCGCCGGGGCGUCGCGCUGCCUCUGCCCGGCCGACGCCGCCCUGCAGGCCGACGGGCGCUCCUGCGCCGCGCCUGGGGAGCACUCGUGCGACCAACUCUGCGAACACUUCUGCUACCGCACCCCGGACGUGCCCGGCGCCUACUCGUGCAUGUGCGAGACGGGCUACCAGCUGGCUGCCGACCAGCACCAUUGCGAGGACGUGGACGACUGUACGCUGGUGCCCAGUCCGUGCCCGCAGCGCUGUGUCAACACUCAGGGCGGCUUCCAGUGCCACUGCUACCCCGGCUACGACCUGGUGGACGGCGAGUGCGUGGAGCCCGUGGACCCAUGCUUCGGGACUCAGUGCGAGUACCAGUGCCAGCCCGUGGGUCAAAAUGGCUACCGCUGCGUCUGCGCCGAGGGCUUCGCGCCCACCCCCAACGACCCGCACAGGUGCCAGAUGUUCUGCAACCAGACUGCAUGCCCAGCUGACUGCGACCCCAACAACCCAACUACAUGCCAGUGCCCGGAGGGCUACAUCCUGGACGAGGGCUUCAUGUGCACAGACAUCGACGAAUGCAACAAUGGCUACUGCCCCGACGCGUGCCUCAACCUCCCUGGCAGCUACCAGUGCAUCUGCGGGCCCGACUCACCCCUCGCCGGCCAGGCUGCCACUGACUGUGACCCCAAGGUGACCAACGGCGGCGACGAAGACGGCGGCUCUGGGGAGCUCCCGGUCAGCCCGACCCCCGGCGCCACCUCGAGCCCCUCGCCUGUAAGACCCAUGCAUUCGGUCGUGCUUAUUGGCAUCUCCAUCGCAAGUCUGUCUCUGGUGGUGGCGCUUUUGGCGCUCCUCUGCCACCUGCGCAAGAAGCAAGGGGCCCUGCGGGCCGAGCUGGAGUACAAGUGUGGGGCCCCAGCCAAGGAGGUGGUGCUGCAGCACGUGGGAACGGAGCGGACGCCUCAGAAACUCUGAGGGGCCUCCCUCCCCGGCCCCAGGUGUGGGCUGGGCCUUUGCCACCCUUCUGUGCCCGCCCCCCGCCCCCAGCCUUACUCCCUGGCUACCCCAAAGCACCUUAGCUGGCAUCAGAACUGGAGAAGACCGUCCCCACCUUCUUCUCUGAUUCCACGCAUGGCUGGGGAGGGGGAAUUGGAAGGACUAUGCGCCCCAGCCAUUUCCAUGACGUCAUCGGACAACUGGGCGAGAUGGCCGUUUUAUGAUGAAGACACAGACUCCAGUGUCCCGUGCCCUCACCAAGGAUGGGUGAGCGUUAUGGUUGGCAGCCUUUGGGGCAGACUGUGAUCUCGUGGACUAGUGAGUGUAAUGAAGUCAUCAAUAAUGACCAAGAUAUUUAUUUUUUGAGUAUUUAGAAUCUUGUUCUUUUGCUUUUUCCCUACUUGUGUGUAUCCCUCCCCACUCCUCCCACCCCCUUCUCCUUCCCUAUCUCUAUAUUUAUAUACUCCCACUUGUCGUGUGGCAGUUAUACUAUCUUGGUGAAUUUUUUUCCCAGUCCUCUUGCAUUUAUGAAGCCCAGCCCUGUAUUCCCCCCUCAUUCCUCCCAAUUUUCCCUCCUCAGGAACUCAGCCAACCCACCUGAGUCACCGCCCUGUGUCAGACCCCUCUGCUCUUAGUGUCUGCCUAGGCGGACUCCCCUGUGAAACAGAGACAAAACAUCUCAAGACAAGAGCGGUUGGGGAUUUGCUUUUGCACCAGAUUUGCUAAUUUUUCUUGAAAUUUCAGGCUUCCAGAGCAAUAUCAUUUUAACAGAGGUUAAGAUGUGAGGGGCAUUCGUUAAACUAAUGUGGCUGAACUGUCAUAGAAUUUCAACCCCAAGGAGUUUUUUAUUUUUUAGACAGUGAGGCUGGGUUAUAUUGUUGUUGUUUUGAUUUGGACUGAAAAGUAGUAACUAUUGUUAAGCUUCUUAUGCAGUUUCUUUUUAUAUUAUUAUUAUUAUUAGUUAUUUUGGACAAUGUUGAAGACGUUCACUCGAUUGCUCUAGAUUGAGAGAAGACAGAAGCACGUCCCAGGAGACGGUUGAAAACAGUUUUGAGCUGCAUGAUCCAGGCCAAUUCCCAUUUUGACUCUUACUGUUGUUGUGAUUUGUAGCCCAGCUCUACUCCUUUGUGGGAUUUGGGAGCUUGAGGAUGGAGCCUGAAGGAUGCUCAGUUAGGGCCCCACCUUGAUCAGGCCCUGGAGAAUUUCUCCCACUUCAGAGAGGCCUUCUAACCCUGUCCACUUGGAGCAGGGGCCCGGGACAAGAAGCAGAGGCUGCCCCCGCGCCGGGGCGGCUGGUUAGAAAUGCAGGAGCUCCAGCUCCACCCACCUGCUGCAUGAGAAUCUGGAUUGUAACAAGGUCUGCAGGGGGUGUCUGCCCAGUACAGCCUGAGGAGAACUGUGCCAGAUAGCUUCCAACUUUCUGGAACAAAUUAAAUAUGGAUCAGUAAUAAGUAGUAGGCCAAACCAGGUCCUUUAUUCUCAAGAAACUGAGGAAUUUUCACGUUAUAGCUUUGCUUUCUGGUAGAAAGACUAGGUACACAACUUUAGACAUUGCUGCACAGGGUAGAGAAGUUCUUUGGUUCAACUGAGCUAGGGAUGAAAUCAUGCUUUAGUGUGUGGAAAAAAAUGUAUCAUAUAAUGUAUCUUUUGUGAUGCAAAGGUUUUCUUCUACUAUUUUGUAAACUCAGCACAUUUGUACAUAGUUAUUUAUUUAUUGCAGAUAAACUAGGACACGGGCAAAACCCUUGCUUAUGACAUCACAUGUAGAAAAUAAACAAAUAACAGAG